GUUCAGGUGGAUAGGUGCCGCGAGCACCUGCGGGGGUUGUCGCAUUUACACGUGGACGACAUAGUACUAGCCUAUGUUCGUGCUGCGGGUUUUUAUAGUCUACACAGAUUAGUGGCUAUUGUGCCUCUAGAUAGAGCGCUUCUCACUGCUCUACUUGAGCGUUGGAGGCAGGAGACACAUUCAUUUCACCUCCUUGUUGGUGAGGUGACAGUUACAUUGGGAGAUGUUGCUGUACUUACCGGGCUACAGGUUGAUGGGAGAGCUGUUACAGGCACUGCUUGUCGACAGUGGGUGGAUGAGUGUGAGCGGUUGUUAGGUAUCCACCCCGUUCUUCGGACUGACCUUCAGGGGUCAUCUCUGAGGAUGCCAUGGUUGAGGGAGCACUUCCAGGUGCUUCCUCCCGACGCUGAUGAGGUGAUGAUCCAACAGCAUGCCCGGGCAUAUAUCUUGAUGAUGAUGGGAGCCUCCAUUUUCGCUGGAAAGAGCGGUUAUGAGAUUCAGGUGCUGCACUUGCCUUUGCUAGAGAGGUUUGAUGUAGCAGCACAAUUCAGCGGGGGUAGUGCCACGCUGGCUUAUCUGUACAAACAGCUUUGUCGCGGCUGCCAGAGAGGGAGCACAGAGCUUGGGGGAUUUUUGCUACUCCUCCAGAUUUGGUCAUGGGAGUAUAUCCACAUUGGGCGUCCCAUUAUAGUCGCAUAUCAUGGCAUUGAUGGACACCCACUGCCUGAUGAGACUCCACGUCUUCUAGGACCACAUCAUGUAUGGGGCGAGGACCCUCUAGGCCGUCGAUGGCUAUAUGUUGGUCUAUCUCGCAUGUCAUCCGCUACUGGGCUCGGUGUGUACAGGGAUGCAUUUGAUCGGAUGUCUGAGGAUCGGAUUACAUGGAUGCUGUAUACACCUGAGAUGUUUGCAGAGUUGCUCCCAGCUGGACGAGAGCAUAGUCACAUAUGUUUGGGUUUGAGCAGGUCAUUCCACGGCCUAUCGACACUUAUGUUGAGCUGCAUGGGCUGGAUAGGCGUGGGAAGCAUACAGAGGAUUGGGCACUCAGACAUGUCUGAUACGUCACUAUGUGGGAAAGGCGAGCUGAGCUAGUUGUGGCUGGGACACCGACAUUUGUCCCAUCUGUUUCAGGAGACUACAUGGGAUGGUAUUACAACAUCACUCGUUUGUUUGUGUCUCCUUCGUUCAGACUCCCUACUUAUCAUUAUCAUCCUAGCUCCUUGGCUUUGCAUCUUACGACACGAGCUUUGCAGCGCAUACAUCAGCGGGCUACCGCCACGGUGACUGAUACUCAUGAUGUGGACAUGUAUGGACAGGCUCUGACUGGCAUUGCCUCCUUGUGUUUAGAUGUGUUGGGCCGAGUCGACUACAGGCAUCUUAUACACAAGCCCCCAUCUCAGGAGAUGCCAUCCACGUCUAGUGCAGCGGCGGCUUCAUCAUCCCAGACGCAGCAUGAGAGAGUGG